GAGGUGGUUCUCCGCCGCCCGCCGCCCGCCGCCCCCUGCCAGCGCUGGAGAUGGUGUUGGCCGCGGGAGCCGGGCCCUGACGCCGUGCUCAGACUGAAGACAGCAGUAAUGCUAACUCUGGCAAGCAAGUUGAAGCGGGAUGAUGGUGUCAGAGGACCCCGUGCAUCCAAUCCAGCUUCUGAUUCAACUCGAAGGGUGUCUGUUCGGGAUAAAUUACUUGUUAAAGAGGUUGCAGAACUUGAAGCUAAUUUACCUUGUACAUGUAAAGUGAAUUUUCCUGACCCAAACAAGCUUCAUUACUUUCAGCUAACUGUAACCCCAGAUGAGGGCUAUUACCAAGGUGGAAAGUUUCAGUUUGAAACUGAAGUUCCUGAUGCCUACAAUAUGGUGCCUCCGAAGGUAAAGUGCUUGACAAGAAUCUGGCAUCCAAACAUUACAGAGACAGGAGAAAUCUGCUUAAGUUUAUUGAGAGAACAUUCAAUUGAUGGCACAGGCUGGGCUCCAACUAGAACAUUAAAGGAUGUUGUCUGGGGGUUAAACUCAUUAUUUACUGAUCUUCUGAAUUUUGACGAUCCUUUGAAUAUUGAGGCUGCAGAGCAUCACUUGCGUGACAAGGCAUUUGAGUAUACAUUUGGGGACUCAGGUUCUGCAGUGAUUCUUUCUGUUCAGAAAAGCUCAGGUCUUUCACCUUGCCAUUUCUCCAGAACCAUCCCAAACUUCACAGAAACAGAAAGAGCAGCUGGCAGUGGCAUCUUCAGUGCAGAUCAACACCUUUGCUUAUUGAACCAACUGAGUAAUAUGAUCUACUAGCCUUCACAUGAGACACCAGCCAACAGCUGUGCUGGAAAGGAAUGAAGCAUCUUUUUCCUCACCUCCAAACUGCUUAGACUUUUUUUUUUUUUUAAUCUUUGGCUUUAUGUAAAACUCAAGGACAGGAGUGGCUUAAUCCUUUGAGAUUUAGGCUGCAGAGCCCAAGAGCAGAGGUAUCGUGACUGUUGUGGGAAGUGCAUCAUUUAUUGCAUUAACUUGUCUUGAUCAAAGCAUUUGGGUUGGUUCACUUCUUCAUAAAUGGAGAAUGAAUAACCUGCAAGAACAUUUCUUCCAGCUUUGAACUAAUUGGGUUUGUGUGGCUGGAAGCAAAAGCUUUCCUGUGGAUGUUCUUCACUGGAUUUUCUGCUUGUUAGAUUUAAUUGUUAGCAGUUAAAUAUCUUGAAGUAAGUCUGUCUGAGAAUUACAAAGAUUAUCCACUGGUCUGUAGUGACUGUUGAUGAAUUUGGGUACAAAACAGUUUGUU